GUCCUGUGCCAUGUUUGGGCUCCAAUCGCUUCGGGUCUGUUCCCGAAGGCUGUUUCACAGUCGGGUCGUCGGCCGUGACCAGCUUCUAGACCAGCUUCAGGCUUGCUCUGCUGAGGACCAGGUGUUCGAUGUGGUGGGCCGGAACAAAGCCAAGCUGUCUGUGAAGCAUGUGAGCUGUGCUAUUGGACUCCUGUGGCAGUUUCAAAGGGACCGGCCACAUAUGCUCAGGACGUUUGAGUUUGUCCAGAAUCACCCGCAGUUCCUGACGCUUCGAGUUCUGGCUGAAAACAAGAUCAGCCUCUUGGAUGACAGUUCAGUGGUGAAAAUGCUUUAUGAUGUGCUCAGGCUUCAAGUAGAACAUCACGACUCUCUUGUGCAGCACUUGGUGACAGAGGCUUGGACCAGACUGGAGAGAUUCCAGAUGAAAACACUUUCAAAGUUUGCGGUUUGUCUGAGUGAUCAGUUCCUGCAGCACAGCCCUCUGAUGGGGCAGAUUACUCAAAUAGUGAGUCAGAGACUGGACUCCAUUCAAGACGCCAGAGUGCUCACACCCUUGAUGAUCGGUAUCUUUGCCCUGGUGUCGCCACAACUGCGGGAUGCGCUGCUUACAAAAGCGGACAACCUCCUGGACAAAAUGGACCCGUUACACUUCAACAACCCCAGAAGGGUGGUGCAGUUCCUCCGAAACAUCAGAUAUAUCCACCGACCUCUCCUGGAGAAAUGCAACCGGCUUCUCCUGCAGAACAUCUCCCACCUGGACGCGGAGCACAUCGGCAUCACUCUGGGAAUGUAUCAGUCAUUGCAGUUCAAUAACUCUGAUUUCAGAGUGGCUGCGAGACAGAGACUCAUAGAGUUGGUGGACACAAGCACUGAUCCUGCCACUUUCAGCAAACUCUUUGCUUGUCUUGGACCAAUGGCAGGACAAGGUGUCAGAGAGAGGUUGGAGAGUACUGCGCUGCUAUUGGCUGAUGAGCUGAAUCCCCAGCAGGCUUUAGGAGUGUUGGAGUCAAUGGAGGAGAUGCAAUGCAGGAACCUUCAGUUGAUAAACAAGAUGGCAGCAAUACUCUUCAAGAAUCUGGAGACGUAUCGUUCGUUGGAUAUCGCUCGAAUUACUCAAAAUCUCAUCCUGCUCCAUUGCCAGAAUCCCGAGAUGUUCUCCAGACUGAAAGCCAAACUGCUGCAUUUCCAGCAGGGCAGUGUGUACCCGUACGAGGUGACCAUGCUAACUCGGGUUCUGUCCAUGCUUCCUUCUCGGCAUCUCGACGAGGGUGUCCUUUCCCGUGUGGAAGCCGUGCUCCCGCAGUGCAACCUAAACAACCUCAACACUUACGCCAUAGUCGUCGCCAAGUGGAUUCGCAACGACCCCUCGUACCGGCACAACACCCCCAGCAAGUAUGUCCACCUGCUGCAGAGCCUGAACCACUGCGCACGCGAGCGGCUGCACAAGCUGGAGCAUGUGGAUGUGGUGCUGGAGGAAGUCAAGUACUUGUCAGGGGAGUGGUUUGAUGAGAUGCUGCUGGAGGAGUCAAUGGUCACCUUGCAGAGACUGCUUCACCAGAUAUCCUGGACUAAUGUGCAUGAGCUGGCCGUUUAUCUGACCAGGACUAACUACUUCUGUGCCGCGCUGCUGGACCGUAUCGCUAGUAUGACGAUUGAAAAUAUAGACAAGAUUCAUUACUCUGCAACAUAUGCCACUUUGCUGCCUUUUGCUGAGCUAAAUUAUGACCCACCGAUGGCGGAGCAGUUUUUUGAUGCCUGCAUUCGACAUUUCACUCCACAUAUUAGCUCCUUUGACCCUCACCUGCUGGUUCUCUUGGCGUACGCACUGGCUAUGGCUGAUUAUUUCCCUGAGGAGGUGGUCAGAGAGAUCUUCAACGUGGACUUUCUUGCAAAGUUGGAUGCCCAUCUAGAAACUUUGCCGGAUGCUCAGAACAUGCGCAUACGCCUGCGUCUCAUGGAGCUGAAUCGGGCCGUGUGUCUGGAGUGUCCUGAGUUCCAGGUGCCCUGGUUUCAUGAGCGCUACUGUAAAUGGCUGCAGAAGAGAGCCAACAGCUCGAUUAGUCCGAUUCAGCAGCAGAUCCAUAAGAUGCUCGGAGACGUCCUGGGUGGGAUCAGUUGUGCUAAAGUCGGAGUGCUGACUCCAUACUUCUAUACUGUCGAUUUUGAACUUGUCCUGGAUCGUCACCUCCAGCCGGUACCGUACAGCGAGCCGAGUCAGCUGCAGAUCAGCGAGAACGGAAACGUUCACUGGCAGUCUGUAUCAGCAGACAGAGAGAGGACAGAGCUGCCGCCAGGAGCUCGCCGCAUUGCCUUGGAUUUCUUGGACUCCAAAUCCUUCUGCAAAAAUCCCCGGCACAUGAAAGGGGAGGCCAUGAUGAAGAAAAGACAUCUGGAGAUUUUAGGAUAUCAAGUAUUACAGAUUCCCCACUUUGAAUGGAACUCAAUGGAGCUUUCCACAGAAGAUGCAUGGAAAGAAUAUCUCAGGAAGAAAAUAUUUACAGAGUUGCCCUGAGACAUUAUCUAAACUGGACAUUUAGUGCAAUCAGCGGGAGACACUAUGAAAGGAUUGUACAUCAGGUUAUCCUUCAUUUGAGCUGCAAGACAGCACUGUACAUUUAAUUUUGACAUCCGAUUGAAUAAAUGUUUUCCUCAACUGCACCACAUUUACAACAGAACCCAACAUGAAUAUAAAUCAGGUCAUUUUUAUGUUGAAGGUCAACAUGAAAUACCAUUUGCCACCAUUUUACCGCCGUUUUGAAGUGAUGGAUGAUUUGUAAUGUCAGCCUAAAAGGAACAUUUUGGUACAUUUUGAUUAAAACAUAUAAAGACUGGGAA